UGGAGAUUUAUGCUUUUCAUAAUGGUACAUAUUAUUUAAGGGAUUUGUCUAAUUAUCAUUAUCAUCUACAGGCUCUGAUCGGGCUUUAAUUAUAUGAAGAUGACAAUAAAGCGUAAGCAAAGAGAUAAAAGUAUUUGUUGUUAUUCCGUUAAAAUGAUAACUUAAUACGUGAUCCUACGCAGUUAUCUCAGUCCACCACAAGGCGUGUCUUUUCCUGAGGUCAGACAAAUCAAUAGCUCAUUAAUUAGUCUGAUCCUGUGUGAAGAGAGCAUAAAUGUAUAUUCUAAAUAUAGACUAGGUUGUUGUUGUUAGUCUUUGCAUCCAUAAACAAUAGUCUUGUUGCAAUGAAGCCAAUGUUCACACUUUGUGGUGUUGAAUGUUUUGCAUGUAUAUGUAUAUACUCUGUAUAUAAAUAAGGGACAUACAUAAUUUAAGGUAUAUGGUCCUUUUUUGUAUAUUCACUUCUGUUAAUUCCAGAUAAUAAUGUCAGUAAUCUAUGUUUAUACAUCUAAUGGUUCAACGCUGCAGAUGGGCCGUGCUCUGAAUUAUUCCACUUUGCAGUUUGAAUACAUACAAAUUGUGGUCAGUCAAUAUAACAGUAGGCCUGACUCAACUCGAGUAAAACAGCACCCCCAUGUGGUUAAACUACGUAGCACACAAAGAGGAAAACACAUGUAAGUGUUUCCUGGUUGAAGUGACGUCACAGCUACCAGGAAGGCAACAUUCAAGCACAUUUGAGUUUACGCGAUUUUGAAGUAACGUUGACGGCGGCCCUCUGCGGGACCACGUGUCCCAAUGAAGGACUACCUCCUCCGGCCAUUUGACGUCUUUGUUGGACAGGAUGUUCACACGCACGCUGCGUGCGGGACGACGUGUUGUCUCUCCCGGGCUGCGCAGCUUCUCUGAGACCACCGGCGGAGGACACGUUGAGGACGCAUUUGAACGGACAGACUCCCCACGUCUCUCAAAUCAGGCCUCUCUCUAUGUGCACUGGCCUUACUGCCUCAGAAGAUGCACCUACUGCAACUUUAACAAGUACAUACCCGGAGAGAACAAUGACCUCACCAUGACCGCGUGCCUCCAGCGGGAGACUGACACAUUGUUGCAGCUCAGUCAGGUCUCCUGCAUCACCUCGGUUUUUUUUGGCGGUGGGACUCCGAGCCUGGCUCCCCCCUCGACCAUUGCCGCGGUCCUCCAAACGAUUUCGGGCCGGGCGCAUCUCUCGGAUGAGGCGGAGGUCACGCUCGAGGUCAACCCCACUCCCGCGGGGAAAUCAAGGUUAGAGGACUACCGCCGCGCAGGGGUGAACCGUUUCUCCAUCGGGGUCCAGUCUUUGCAGGACGAAGAUUUGAAAACUCUGGGCAGAGACCACAGCUCCCGUCAGGCUUUGCAGACCGUCGAAGAGGCCAGGAGGCUCUGCCCCGGCAGGGUGUCCCUGGAUGUGAUGUUCGGUCGGCCCGCGCAGAGCGUCGCCUCGUGGGAGGGCGAGUUGCGCGAGCUGCUGAGGGUGUGCGAUGACCACGUGUCUCUGUACCAGCUGACCGUGGAGCGAGGCACCCAGCUGUUCAAACAGGUGCUGAGAGGAGAGGCGUCCGUGCCCGCUGAAGACGUGGCCGCAGAGAUGUACCGCUGUGCGAGGAGGACUCUCCGGCAGCACGGCUUUCUGCAGUACGAGGUCUCCAACUUCGCGAGGAACAAGGCGGUGAGUCAUCACAACACGAGCUACUGGAAGGGAAGACAGUACAUCGGCGUCGGCCCAGGUGCACACGGGAGGUUCGCCCCCCUGGGGGAGGGAGGGGUCGUUCGGGAGGCGCGGACCCAGACCCUGGAGCCCGACGCCUGGAUCCGCGAAGUCCAGCAGAGGGGACAUGGGACGCGUAGGCGGAUUCAACUCGGCCGCCUCGAACUACUGGAGGAGGUGUUGGUUAUGGGAAUGAGAAUGACAGGUGGCAUCAGUCACAAGCACUGGGCGACGUUUAGCCCUCAACUGGGUCUCUGUGAGGCCUUCGGCUCAUCCAGCGAAGUCCAACAGUUGCUCCAGAAUGGACAGCUCAUUCUUGAUGACAGAGGUCUGCGCUCCUCCUGGGAUGGACUGGCCGUACUGGACAGCAUGCUGCCAGCUCUGCUGGUGGAACUGGAAAGACAAAUCGGUCAAAGGCUACCAAGGGAUCCCCAUGCUGGACAAACGGAAAGCCCAACGUCCCGCCCACGGUGACAGUCAUGUUAAUACAGCAGAUAGCUUCAGAGAAGACUGACAGGAGGGUAAAAAACAGAAAUCAUGAAAACGGGCAAAUAUUUAAAUGAUUUACAUUGUUUCAUAUUUAGAUAUUAGGUUUUUCCUCUUCAGUGGGACUAGAAAUGUGAAUAUUUGACCCCGUUAAUGGAGCAAUGAAACUCUGGUUUAGAUGUUGAUAUUUUCUUUUUCAUUCUCCAGGUGCUUUUAUGCAAUUGUUGCCUGUGCUGAGCAUUUCUCAGUAAGUCAUUUUACAGUCAUCUAAACAUGAUAUUUUGCCCCCUGUACACGAGCAGUGUCUGAUUUUUUUUUAAAUAGACUUCAACUCUCUUUUGGAGCAUCUUUCUAUUAACUGAUCAAUUUUGAUUCUGUGGUCUGUAAUUUGGUCAUUUAUAGCGCCAAUAAUUCAUCAAUUAGUCACCAAUUGUGAAAUUAAUUGGCAACUGCUUCUUAAAUAUGAAUUAUUUUUCCCUUCUUUAUGAAAGCAAGUUGAGACAAACAACAUUUGAGGACUUCAUCUUGGGCUUCAAACACUGAUCUUUUACAGAACGAAUGUUUCAUUUGAUUAAUUGAGAAAAUAAGCGAUAUAUUAAAAAUAAUAGUUCAAACACUUUCCGAAUGAUUUAUUUCAAAUGUUCUCAGAGAAUGUAUGUAAUGUAUGUAUGUGUCACUAUCUACGGAGGAAAUAGAGACAAUUAUCUGUUAAGUAUGAGCAGAUCUUUUUCCACUCCUUAUAAACUAGACAAACUAAACUAGUGAUGAACAUUGGUCUCCUCUCACACUCUGCUAAGAGCUGAUGGUCUUAUAGCAGGGGAGAUUCCUAAACCAAUACCGAUCUAGUCAGUUCACAUUUGACUCAACUGUGUUGUUGAUGCAUUUUUUAAUAGAUUCAUAUAACCAUCACACCGUAUGUCCUUCUAACGGACGCCUGACGCACCGAUGCAUUCGUUGGGUUGUCAGUCGUGACGUUGCUGUGAGCGGUGGUCCAUUUCUGCAGUGAUCACGACGCUGUCAGGGGAAAAAAAACGGGGGCACAGCUCUGCUCAAUGAUUCAUCCAACCUUGUGAUAAUCUGCCAGCUUCAGUGACUGCAAUCUGAUUCUAUUUUACACCAUAUAAAGAAAUAUGAAAAACGGAUGGAAACUGUACUAUCAGGUCGUGAAUCAUCGCCUUUGCUUGAGGAACACAACAGCGUUUGUGUGUGUAUCAGGGAGAUGGUUUACAAAGGAAACAGUGGCCGACGUGUCGCUUUCGAGUGCUGAACAGAGUAGCUCCAAGUCAGUCUGUGGCUUUGUCUUUAUUUAAAUUAUUUUCACAUAUCUAAGGACUCUCCAAGGAGAGAGAGCCCACGCAACCGAUUCGUCUCGGGAAGCCGGAAGAGUGGGUCGGAUAUGUAAGAAAGAAAAGGGGCACUGGAGAAGAGUUUGAUGUGGGCUCUCUCCAUGGUGCUGAUUUCGAGUUCAAUGCGUCCCCCCCCUCCCCCCUCCUUCACAUGCGAUGCCUUCCCCUCAGAAACAACAUGCUCACCAUAGUAGCCUACAUUAGUGUGUAGGCUACUCAGGCAUUGUAUCACCUCAGCCCCUGAAGCCGUCCACAGUGCCGUGGGAGGGUUUCAAAACGGGACCAAAUCUCUUUUGUGUAGUAACAAGGUUUAAGGCUGCUGAGUCAUCUCCUCACACU